GGGGUAACUCAAGGCCUGCUUGAUACGUCCGCCAUUUUGGGCGCUUCGCUGAUGGUGUCGGUGAGCUCUUUUCCCGCCUGAGCGCGACUAGCUGCGGGUCGUAGGCGCCUCCAGGAAUACUUCUGUUUCCUACAAUAUCCUCUCUUAUUCCUGCUGAUCUGCUAAUUCAGUAAUUUGGAAGAUAGCUGUCACCAGGAUAACCUGUAAUGGGCAAGGAGCCACAGAGAAGAAAAUAUUUCUUUUAGUUUUAAACCUUGGUUUGAAAGAACAGCAUGUUUUGGAAAUUUGAUCUUCACUCAUCAUCCCACAUAGACACGCUUCUAGAGAGAGAAGAUGUAACCCUGAAGGAGCUAAUGGACGAAGAGGACGUCUUACAGGAAUGUAAAGCACAGAACCGCAAGCUCAUAGAGUUUCUGUUAAAAGCAGAAUGUCUCGAAGACUUAGUCUCAUUCAUUAUAGAAGAGCCGCCUCAAGACAUGGAUGAGAAGAUCCGAUACAAGUAUCCAAACAUAUCUUGUGAGUUGCUCACUUCUGAUGUCUCCCAGAUGAAUGAUAGACUGGGGGAGGAUGAGUCCUUGCUAAUGAAAUUGUAUAGCUUCCUCCUAAACGAGUCCCCCCUGAACCCACUACUCGCCAGUUUCUUCAGCAAGGUGCUAAGUAUUCUUAUCAGCAGAAAACCAGAACAGAUUGUGGAUUUCUUGAAAAAGAAGCGUGAUUUUGUGGAUCUUAUUAUAAAGCACAUAGGAACUUCUGCUAUCAUGGAUUUGCUGCUCAGGCUCUUAACAUGCAUUGAGCCUCCACAGCCCAGGCAAGAUGUUCUGAAUUGGCUAAAUGAGGAGAGAAUUAUCCAGAGGCUUGUGGAAAUAGUUCACCCAUCGCAAGAAGAAGAUCGACAUUCAAAUGCCUCACAAUCACUUUGUGAAAUUGUUCGCCUGAGCAGAGACCAGAUGUUACAAGUUCAAAACAGUACAGAACCAGAUCCCCUGCUUGCCACUCUAGAAAAGCAAGAAAUUAUAGAGCAGCUUCUGUCAAAUAUUUUUCAUAAGGAGAAGAAUGAAUCGGCCAUAGUCAGUGCAAUCCAGAUUUUACUGACUUUACUUGAGACUCGAAGGCCAACAUUUGAAGGCCAUAUAGAGAUCUGCCCACCAGGCAUGAGCCACUCAGCAUGUUCAGUUAACAAGAGUGUUUUAGAAGCCAUCCGAGGAAGACUUGGAUCUUUCCAUGAACUCCUGCUGGAGCCACCCAAGAAAAGUGUGAUGAAGACUACAUGGGGUAUACUGGACCCUCCUGUGGGGAAUACUCGGUUGAAUGUGAUUAGGUUGAUAUCCAGCCUGCUUCAAACCAAUACCAGCAGUAUAAAUGGAGACCUGAUGGAGCUGAACAGCAUUGGUGUCAUAUUGGACAUGUUCUUCAAGUAUACAUGGAAUAACUUUCUACAUACGCAAGUGGAAAUUUGUAUUGCUCUCAUCCUUGCCAGUCCUUUUGAGAAUGCAGAAAAUGGUACCAUUACUGAUCAAGACUCCACUGCUGACAAUUUGUUAUUGAAGCAUCUUUUUCAAAAAUGUCAGUUAAUUGAGCGAAUACUUGAAGCCUGGGACACUAAUGAAAAGAAACAGGCUGAAGGAGGACGACGACAUGGUUACAUGGGACACCUCACAAGGAUAGCGAACUGUAUUGUGCACAGCACUGACAAGGGUCCGAACAGUGCAUUAGUACAGCAGCUCAUUAAAGAUCUUCCCGACGAAGUCAGGGAGCGGUGGGAGACCUUCUGCACGAGCUCCUUAGGAGAGACGAACAAGAGGAACACGGUAGAUCUAGUUACAACCUGCCAUAUUCAUUCAUCCAGUGAUGAUGAAAUUGACUUUAAAGACACGGGUUUCUCACAGGAUUCUUCUUUGCAGCAAGCCUUUUCUGAUUAUCAGAUGCAACAAAUGACGUCCAAUUUUAUUGACCAGUUUGGCUUCAACGAUGAGAAGUUUGCAGACCAAGACGACAUUGGCAAUGUUUCUUUUGAUCGGGUGUCAGAUAUCAACUUUACUCUCAAUACAAAUGAAAGUGGAAAUAUCGCCCUGUUUGAAGCAUGUUGUAAAGAACGGAUACAGCAGUUUGACGAUGGUGGCUCUGAUGAAGAGGAUAUCUGGGAAGAGAAGCACAUUGCAUUUACUCCAGAAUCCCAGAGGAGGUCCAGUUCCGGCAGUACGGACAGUGAAGAAAGUACAGACUCAGAAGAAGAAGAUGGGGCCAAACAAGACCUGUUUGAGUCCAGCAGUGCAAACACAGAGGACAAGAUGGAGGUGGACCUGAAUGAGCCACCCACCUGGUCUGCCAACUUUGAUGUCCCAAUGGAAACCACCCAUGGCACUCCCUUAGACUCAGUGGGAUCUGAUGUCUGGAGCACAGAGGAGCCGAUGCCAACUAAAGAGACGGGCUGGGCUUCUUUUUCAGAGUUCACAUCCUCCUUGAGCACAAAGGAUUCUUUAAGGAGUAAUUCUCCUGUGGAAAUGGAAACCAGCACUGAGCCUAUGGACCCCUUGACACCUGGUGCAGCUGCCUUGGCCACUCAAGCAGAGGCACCAGCCAGCGUGGCCAUGGAAGCCAGUUCAGAUGGGGAAGAGGAUGCCGAGAGUACAGACAAGGUAACUGAGACCGUGAUGAAUGGCGGCAUGAAGGAAACACUCAGCCUCACUGUAGACGCCAAGACAGAGACUGCUGUCUUCAAAAGAGUGUUGAAGUCCUACCGUGAGGAAGAGAAAUUGUCUACCUCUCAAGAUGCUAGUUGCAAAGAUGCGGAAGAGACCCCCGAGCCAGCAGAGGCCAAGUGCACAGCUCCCCGGACUCCCAGCUGUAGUCCCGAGCAAAGGACUGACCAGCCAAGCAUGCCAAGUGACACAUCAGUUAAUGGCCCUGUAUGAUGAGUGACAUCUGCUGCUGACUGAGGACUGCAGGCCACCACCACCCAGGGGCUCUGGAGGGCUCUCACCCAGAGCUGCCAAGCCACCACUGCUGCACUCUGCAAGGGAUCAGGACCAGCAACCUUUAUAUUUUAGAUUCUAAGACGUUGUACAGAGAAAUUCAGAAGUGUAAAAAUAUUGCACAUUGACAAAUACCAAGAAUUUUUGCGUAUGUUUAUAUUGUAUUGAUCUAAAUAAUGGGUAGCCUGUGACAUCAGAUCUCGCCACCCGUGUAAUAAUAGUAGUGAUACAUAGUUCAGAUGGUUGUAAGAAUAGUUUUAUAAAGUGACUACACAGAUCUAUUGUAUUCAAAACAUAACUAUUUGACAAUUAUUAGUGUGACCAAAGUAUUAGGCAGUUUUCAUACAUUUUCCACCUUGUACAAAAUUCUGAAUUCAUUUUUCUUCCAGGUUGGCACAGAGCUGUUGAUGGAAAAACCCUCUGCGUGUUAUUUUGGUUGUUCUGACUUACAAAGUGAUUUUGAAUAAGAAAUACUUGUUCUUUUUAUAACCCGCUUUCGAUUGGUAACUGUUUUCUGUAUUGUUUCAGGCGGAUCAAAUGCGUGAGUCUUGGUGGAGAUUAAG